AUGGCCCAGUCUUCCCGCAACCCAUCCUUCAGCACUCCAUCAUCACGCUGGGCCGCCCUCGUUACACGCAACCCAGCCGCAACAAAUUCAUUCGUCUACUCAGUAACAACUACAAAUAUCUACUGUCGCGCAGAUUGUCCGUCCCGACUUGCAAGAAGAGCAAAUGUGAAAUUUUAUGAAAGUGCUAUUGAGGCUGAGAGGGAGGGGUUCAGAGCUUGUAAACGAUGUCGACCGGAGGUGGGAAAUGGCGUGGAAAGAGACCCGCAGGUUCUAGCAGUGCAGAAAGCGAAGAAGUUGAUUGAAGACGAGGGUAGGUGUGAGGAGAAGAAGUGGACUGUGAAAGAUCUAGCAAAAGAGGUGGGGUUGACAGAAAGUCAUUUUUGUAGAGUUUUUAAGAAGGUUACCGGGAUGCGGGUUGGUGAGUAUAGGACUUUUGUUAGAGGAAAUAGAGAUGCUGUUAACGCAGUAACGAGGAAGGGAAGUGAUAUUGGUGAUGGAAGGAUGGAAGAAUUGAACGAGAUGGUAAGCCCUUUGUUGUCAGGGCCGACUCAGCCUUGGGACCUGGAUCUAGACACGAUCGAAAUGAUUGAAAGUGACAAAGAUAUGGAAAUGUUCGAUUUUGCGAAUUAUAGGUUUGAUUUUCCUACGAAAAACACAUUGAAUUUAUCAAUAGGACAAAGCGAUGAAGAUUGUUUCGAAUUUCUGGACUUCGAUUUUGAAGACCCCGGAAAACAUGUAGUCUAA